CUGUGUGGUACCGCUAGUGUGCAGAACCGAAGGACUUCCGCUUGGGGAAGGUCGCAGCUCGCACCCCCAGUGUGGAGGAACUCGCCGGCGCGCUUAAUGAAUCUGGUUGAAAAACUCGUCCGCCAAAUACGGACAGUGGUAAUUGCGGCCGAAAAACUGGCAGUGGUCAAUUUUCGUGGUAAAGUCGACUAAUUGGACGUUUCUUUUGUGAGCACGUUUGACCUUCGGAUUAUUCCGGUUUGCGGACUAUGCAAAUGGCCACGAAGGAGUGAUCAUGAUUUUCAGUGACAAAGUGACCCAAGUGAGGCUCUAAUACUGACCGGAAAGUGCCCCCAAAGCUCUAACCUCAUUCCGCAAGAAUAAUUAGUGAAACUCCAUGUUGUUAAAUUUGGAUUUCCUAUGCAUGUGAGCGUCUGUUGGCGAUUUAGCAGUUUUUCCAGUGACUUUGCCAUGGGCUGAUUCGGAAUUUCCAGCGAGAUUAAGAUUUCUCCCGACGAUGCCUAAUUAAACCAAGCUGAAAGAAGAAUCUGUGAUAAUGGAUAUGACCGAAACGUUCCCUCGCGAGGAUAUAACGAAAACUGACUUCUUCGACUUCGUGGUGACGCCGGACUCGAACGAUACGCAUUCCCUCCAGCAGUUCACUAAGCAGAUGAGGACUGUAAACGCCUUUUUGGGGAAUGCGAGUCCGGAAGCAAGCAAUAAAGAAACGAACAAUAACAUGUUGACGGAAAUGAAUCACGUGCCUACCACCGAGAGUGGCAACUUUGAUUCGAAUUUCUGGAGUGAUAAAGAGACGGUUAGAUUAGAAACGGCGAUUUUAGAAGAUUUGAACAAGUAUUGUUGGAGUGGUGAGGAGGGAAAUGGGGUGGCGAGUAGUCAAAAGACGAACACAGACGGACAGAUUUAUACCUUGACAGUAUUAAACGGGAUCGACCAGAAUGCCACGUGGUAUCGGCCGCCCCUUUCCUCCAUCGGGAUCGUCAAGGAGGAGGAUGUGAGCAUGUCGAGUCCCGCGUCUAUGGAGCACCUCCAAGCCGGCCUCGACAUCGACUCGAUCCUGAGCAUAAUCCCGGGCCAAAUGAACGGGUUUAACAACAAUUACAACGAAAGUACAAUGAGUCCGAACACAGACGGUUUAAUCAAAUCGGAAACCUACACCUACGAAGACAGCGGCUUCGCCGACAAUAAAGACGAACUAGCCAAUUCCCUCAUAAUAGAUACGCCCCUUCUCGAGGCGCACGAUAGUUUUAAUAAUAACAAUAACGAUUGGAAGUUAAGUAAUAAUAACACUAAUAACGGUUCGCCGGAUUCUUUGUUACGUAGCGCUUUGCAAGGUAAAGCUUUCGUACGUUAUAAUGGAGCAGUGAAGACGAACAAAGUCGAGAAUAACACUGAAUUGAGACGAGUGUUGUCGACGCCGCCAGCCAAAACCGAAGGCAUCUACAUCAAAGAAGAACAACAGGAACAUAUACCCACGAUAGUGGCAGGAAUUGACGCUAACGGUAAAGUCGUCUUCGAGGAGCAUCUACCGCAACGGACGGAGGAAAAUAACCCCACGGGAGGGCACAAUGUCGAUGAUUUGCUACUCUCGCAGCUAGAUCAGAGCUUUCCAGAGGAUUUCGAGAAGCUGAAACGGAUCGCCAACGAGGUGGCGGAGUCGGUGAACCAAUAUUGCCAGAUCGACACGUCGGCAGAGAACCCCGUAUACAGCAUAAGCCCCGACCAGAUCGGCAUCCUCAACAACCUCAACUCCCCGAUUGCGAUCGCGACACCCUCUGUGAGCAGCACGAAACCGGCGACGAAGAAAUACAAGCGUUCAAACAGCAACACCAAAGCACAAACGACGGUACAAAACGCGACCUCGACGAGCAACGGCGUCCGCAAAGAGCGCUCGUUGCACUACUGCAGCAUCUGCUCGAAGGGCUUCAAGGACAAAUACUCGGUGAACGUGCACAUCCGGACGCACACGGGGGAGAAGCCCUUCGCCUGCAGUCUCUGCGGGAAGAGUUUUAGGCAGAAAGCCCACUUGGCCAAGCACUACCAGACGCACAUAGCGCAGAAGAACGCGGCGGCGGCGGGCAACGUCGCCGCCGCUAAGGCCAAGUCGAGGUAGCUUGCUGGGGGCGGCGGAAUGGCCCACAUUCGUACCUAAAUUAUUUAUUUAUUUAUUCGACAUUCCGCCAACACACAAAUUUACUAUUCUCGAGAGAUGGACAGCAACGAAAACACAUUUUUGAUGCUACUUUGCCAAGUUUUGUUCCUAGCAUUGUUUUGUUUUGUUAAUUUUUUUAUUAUAUUAUGUACUCAUGUGCUGUGAUUAUGUGAAAUUUACUUUCAAAAGAGAUCGGAAUUUUUGUGUAUUUAUUUUUUAUUAUCGAAUCUGCCUAAAAUUUCUUGCCAUUUCUGUAUUAUCGCGUACUUGAUAAAAUUUAGAAUGUUUUAAUUUAUUUAUCGUAUGAUUAGUUUCUUUGUUACUCGCAGAGUGGAAUCUCUAAUUGUUUGUUUUUCUAAUGUUCAGUUUUUUUUCCUAACUAUUAAAAGUAUUAUCGUUCCACUCUGUUCUAGGUUACUCCGCAGUGCUUCAACGAAGCAUUUAAUUUAGUUUCAGAUGCUUUUAGUUUAAUGCUAGUGCUUAGUUAUUAGAAAGAAAAAACUUCAGUUUACCAUAUGUCAAGGCAUUAUAUGACCUUUUUACCUUAUAAUACUCACUUUGUAAAAUAAAAUCGUUUAUUGUAUAUUAAAUAGUAUAAUUUUGUUGUACACAUUGCAAAUGUGAGUACAAAUGCGACCGAGUCGCGUCAUUUGUUAUUUUCUAAUCUUUACCAUCUUACAAUUGUUGUCUAUGUUAUAAAUGUUUACGUAAUGUUACAAUUGUUUUGUAAAUCGAUCAUACUUAAUGCUCUUGUUUACUAAUUUUUUUGUAUUAUAAUCAGUAUUUGUUGAUGUUUUUGUAAAUGUUCGUAAUUCUUAUUUAUGACAGUUUGCCAUGGUAAAGGGAUUUAUAUUAUUAUUAUGAUUUUUGUUCUAUUUUGGAUCUCAUUCAAUUUAGUUUUUUGCUUGCUUCUUUGGCCCAUAACUGCCAACUUUUUCCAACUGUGUUCUCUCUGAAAGACAAUACUCAAAUAGACUACAUAUACGUACGGAAAUAUGUACAUCCAGACACUUUAUAUAAACUUUUUUGUUUAUAUUCGCCAUAGAACAUGUUUUAUACUCAGUUUACGUUAUGUAUAGUUAUAUCAGAUUUUAUCUCCUCUUUAUUAUUGAUUUUAUAAAGUAUUUUUAUACCUAGAUUCAUAUAUUUACAUUUUAUAACUUUAUUAUAUAAUUGUGAAUUUAUUACAAAUAAACAUUAUU